AUGGAACAAGAGACAGACGACAGGAACAAGACGUCGUUUGGGGACCUGCCGCCGGAGGUGCAAUCCAUGAUUGGGCGCUACCUUUGGCAACACGAGCUGCCUGUCUGCCUGCGUGUCUGUCGAGCUUGGCAGAAAAUAUUCAGCGCGCACCUCUGGCGAGAGGCAGACCUGUCCUGGAACCGCAAAGAGGUGGAGUACGACUUUGUCGACGGCCUCAAAACCUACGGCCAUCUCCUCCGAUCCCUCACAGUGCGCGACGACAGCCUUUUCAUGUGUUCGAUCAUGAGGAGCCGUCCCGACUUCCAGCUCACGUCAUUGGAGGUGCACCUGACACAUACGGGACACUGGCAGCCGUUUGUCCACUUUCUUCGCCGAGGGUCGACAACAGGAUGGAGGAGGCUGGUAUUCUCGGUGUCGGUCGAACAAGGGCCCACGUAUCAGUUUGCGGCAGACUUUUUCGAGGCGCUCCUUAAACAUGCGUCGACGCUGGAGGUGGUUCGGUUGGAGGAUGAGUGCUAUGCCGACGCUGAGGGCAUUGAUCGACUGCUUUGCACAGCACCCAACCUCAAGGUGCUGUACGUCUCGAACGAUCACAAGGACGAUCACGCCGGCGGAUAUCUCGACGCCAAGACCAUCGUGGACUCGGAGUGGGUUUGCGACAACCUGGAAGUCUUUGCCUGCGAGAUCCGUAACAUCCCUCGCCCAGAUAUCACCCGCACCAUUCUCGACCAACCAGCGACCAAAUUCGUCCAAACAGGAACGGCUGAGGAGAGUCUCGACCUGCAGUAUCGGAUCUAUUCGAAACUGGCACGGUUCACGAAACUGCGGGAGCUCACGUUGGGCUUUUAUUACAUCCCAGGAAAUUCAAUAGUAGUACCGAAAAACAGGGAUCACAUACGACAAUUCGAUUGUUUGGCGAUGACAUUGGACGGUGGUCUGGACUUACUGAAGGACCUUACGGAGUUGCGAGAGGUGGGGUUGCAGGAUAUGGAGAUCUACAUCGACGGCGAGCAGGAGAAGGAGUGGUUUGAUGAGCAUUGGCCGAAUGUUGCGAUCGAUAACGAGAAUCCAGACGAGGAUCAGAGCGACAGCAAUACAGUCGACGAGCAACCAUCAGAUGAAGAGGCCACUGUAGAGGAGGAGGAAGUCCCUUUACCACCACCAGUGAACAGUGAAUAA